CAAUUGUUCUCUCUUCUCCACCAUGACGCUUUGCCUCGAGAGCAUCCCACAGGAAAUCUUAGAGCACAUUGCUUUUCAUCUCGGUACCAGCACAUUUCUAGGUCCCCCUUCUGACCUUGCCUCGCUGGUGGUGACAAAUCACAAUCUCGAAUCUCGCUUAUCUGUCUCGAAGAAUCAUACUCUAUAUUCCAAGAUUUUCACUUUCAAAUUUGACCUUUCGAUAGCGACGCGGCGUCUUGGAAUGGAUAGAAUCUCUCCUCCUAUUUUGGCAGAAGAGCUUCAGCGUCGAUGUGUCUAUCUAAAGCGUCUUCGUUCGCAAGUGGAUGCUACAUUCCCCCCUGCACUAGAUUCUGAUGAUCAGGGUCUCCGGGAACUUUUGUUCUAUGCGUAUCUUACUAUGCUUGAAAACGAAGGACGGAACGAGCGGCAGCUCCGCGAAUAUGGGCAUAUUGAUUUGUGGCUGCAAGAAUAUUGGUUCAGUGAUAACGGGAGGUCCUCAGCAAAACGAUCAAUUAAAGCCAAUACAUGGCCUUCUCAAACAGACCAUUCUGCAGUCGCCAUGUGGUUGUUUUGGUUUCUUCUUCGACCAGAGGAGUAUACACGCGAUGGAGAGGCGUCUUGGAACGUUCUGAAUGUGUUGAAGUUGUUUGCUUUGGGUGCACAUCGGUAUCAUUUGACCUCACCGUCAUGGCUCGAUUUCAUUCCUCCACCCCAUCAUCGGGAGUCUAACAAAAUCAUUCAUUACUCGGAAAUAUUUCAUCUCAACCCUCCGCCCCUCGCGUCUCCGGCCAUAUUAUGUUUCCUCACACUUGUGAACCGGAUGCUUGGUUCACCUGAGUUUCCUUCAACAAUGGAACGUGCACCACCUGUUUUGCUGCAACGGUCAACGAAUGGCAUGGAGUGGGAGUGUGAAUGGGGUCGAUGCAUUAAUCUCGGCCAACCCUCGUUUGACAAGAUAUUCAUGACGUCGUUUAUGCCAGGAAGCAUUGAAGGCGUUUGGGAAGGGAUCUUUACCUACACCGAAUUUACUGCAUAUGCGUCUCUUUUGGCUGGAGCGCCACCGCCAGUUCUGCAAAAAAGUCUUGUAGUCAAGCACCGUCAAACAUGGAAGCUUCGCGAGCACCACCUCCUAGCUAAGGAGCUCGUUGCCGGUUGUUUAGUGCCGAAAAGCAUCGAUGACUUCGACCCCUUAUCUCCAGGUGACCCCUUGAGAUCGUAUUUCCCUACCGCAACUCGCAUCAAAGAGGACUGCAAUGGGCUCGAGAUUGAGGAACCUGGUGGGGAACCUCUUUACUACAAGCGAGCACGUCUCCUUCAGCCUGACCAACAGAGGCAUGUCUGUGACAUCAUCAUAACAGGCGAGGGACAUUCGGCGUGGGGACAGUUUAGUCUUGUUGGCAGGGUUCGUCCAUGUGACGGAUUCAUCAGUCUCUCCAAGGACUAUGUUGAUGGCGAUCGAGGAAAGUGGCUCUAUCGAGGGUAUCUUAUAGGGAAUGUUGACGGUAAUUUGGCGGGAAGGUGGCGGGACACUUUAAGUCCCGUCGCUGUGCCCGGCUAUGAGGGUUGCUUCACGAUGUCACGGCGUCGAUGAACCACUUCACAUGCGGGCGGUGUGUGAUAUCUAACACCCUAAUAUUACAGUCGUAUUUUGUCCCUACUGGUCAGUGGGCUGUACGGCUUCAAGUGGUGGAAACAUUCCAGAUCAGCCUCAUUUUUCUCGUCGCGACAAACAUACGGCGGACGCUUGAUCCUUAACAGCGUGAUCUCUCUGGACGAAGCGUGUCGGCCGUAUGUAGCGUUUCAACGUGGGAAGAUCAGCACUGGUGUGAACAGCAGGGCGCUCGCCCUCUUAACUUGGUAAAAACUAAGCCGAGGAGUCGCGUCUAUCUUUAAUCAAUGGUUACACUAAAUUUUGAUGCACAG